AUUUGAUUUCUAGAGCAGCUUCGUCAUCUACAACAACUUCCUUAUUCUUCUUAUUCUUCUUCAACAUAUUCAUCAAGGAGCUCUGCUCGGUCCUUUGGGGCCUCCUUAUCCAGUCCCUACUCUUAGCAAGUUCCUUUGUUGAUUUGAAUAAGACCUUCUCCUUUUUCUCACCAUGUAUUCUAAUUCCAACUCGUUUAUGGGCGCCAACAACCUGCAUCCAGGUCAGCAGCAGUAUGGCAACUCGUACGGAAUGGGAGCUGGUGGCCCAGGGCAGCAGCCUCAACAGCCGCCGGGACAGCAGCCAAGUCCAUUCGCGCCGCAACCGACGGGAUAUGGGCAGGCUCCCUUAACUCAGCAGUAUACCGGCUAUCCUGGCUCCCAAACCCCUCAAGGCUUACAGCCGCAGAUGACCGGAAUGCCUCAACAGUCCGCUCUUGUUGUGAACCUACAAACGCCUCAGUUGACGGGGUACGCGGGUGCGGCUGCUGCGCAACAGGGGUUUCAAUCGAGCGUUCCGCCAGUGCCACAGAUUCCUUCACAAUUCCAAAGCCAGUUCAACCAGCAGCAACAACAGCAGCCGCAGCCGCCGCCGCAACAGAAUUCGUUUUCCUUACCGACCACACAGAUUCCACCUCAGGCCCCAGCCCCGGCGAUAAAUGCUCAGCCGACAGGCUUCAGCGCCAUGGCCGCUUCCUUCAAGACCGGCGGUGCCUCCGAUUCCCAACCGAGGGGUCGAAGGGCUGCGAAGCCCACAAGCAAGAUCCCGAACAUCCGAUUAUCGUUUAUAACCGCUCAAGAUCAAGCCAAGUUCGAGACACUGUUUAAGUCAGCCCUAGGUGAGGGUCAGAAUACUAUGUCUGGAGAGAAGGCUCGAGACCUGUUAUUAAGAUCAAGAUUGGAUGGGGAUUCUCUAUCGCAUAUCUGGACGCUUGCAGACACCACUCGAUCCGGUGAGCUCCACUUUCCGGAGUUUGCGUUGGCCAUGUACCUCUGCAACUUAAAGCUUGUGGGCAAAACCCUCCCAGCCAACUUGCCGGAGAAUAUCAAGAAUGAAGUUUCGAGCAUGGUCGAUAUUAUCAAUUUCAGUAUCGCAGACGAUGCGGCCAGUUCAGGAGCUGCAACCAAUGCUCCUGAUUUUACUAGACAGAAUGCCUCUACUCCGCCGACGAUACAACAUCCUCAACCCAUACCGACGAACUCUCAGUUGCUUCAAUCGCAGGUAACUGGCUUUCCAAGUCAGCCUACGGGAUUCCCCGGCCAGGCAAUGCAACCUCAGCCGACUGGAUAUCUCGGGGGCAUGAAUAAUCCACAACCGACGGGCUACAACGGACCUAGACCUCCUAUGCCACCAAUGCCUACGGGUUUCCCUGGUGGUUUGUCUCCUGCAAGUGCGGCUCCUCUAAACGCGCAGCCCACUGGGAAACCCGGACAAUGGGGCUUGGUCAAUGCCCCGGCGUCCGGCCUGCCUAAUAUCGACGCAUUACAAGCCCGAAUGAUGCCACAAGCAGGCCGUGAACAACAGAAUUAUACUACUGCUGGCUUGUCCGGUAACGCUGUGAUUCCUUGGGCUAUUACUAAGGACGAGAAAACUCGUUACGAUCAAUUGUUCCGCGCAUGGGAUGGUCUGCACAAGGGUUUUAUUGGAGGCGACCAAGCGAUCGAGAUUUUCGGUCAAAGCGGUCUCGAGAAGACCGAUCUUGAGCGUAUCUGGACCCUUGCAGAUAACGGAAACAAGGGCAAGCUUAACCUCGACGAAUUCGCUGUUGCGAUGCACUUGAUAUACAGAAAACUGAACGGUUAUCCUGUCCCUAAUGUUUUGCCUCCUGAGCUUGUUCCGCCCUCUACGCGCAACCUCACUGAGUCGCUUGGUACCAUCAAGUCCAUGUUGAGCCAGGAGUCUGACUUCCGCAAGACGUCGGGGGCUGCCUUGCUCCCCCAAAAGACAGGAGUCAGUUACUUAAAAAGCCAUUCAUUCAAGGGAAAUGCUGGCGGAUUCGGUGGCGGACGGAAAGACGCUACUGUAUUCAAGAAUAAUGACGACGAUGUUGGAUACAGAUCAAGCGCACGACGCCGGAUUGGCAAUUCCUCACCACGACCCGAGUCGCCUUCGUCUGUGGCAUCUAAUGAGGAAUUAUCCCUUGAUCAAUUAAGGAAAAAGAUUCGAGAGAAACAGGUUCUCCUAGACGCUAUGGAUUUCAAGGACGAGGCAGCUGCUGAGGAGGAUGAUAUCCUCGAUAGGCGCGAUCGACGUGAAGCCGAGGAGUUAUACCGUCGCAUCCGCCGGAUCCAGGAUGACAUCGAUAAUCACCCCGAUGCAGCCUUAGCAAGCGGUGAUUCCGAAGCCGAAAGGAGAGCUCUGAAGCGUCAACUACAGAAUCUCACCGACAAGAUUCCAGAACUAGCUUCUCAAGUCAGGAAAACGGAGAAAGCCAUUGCUGAUGCCAAGCUUGAACUUUUCCGACUCAGAGACGCGAAGGCUCAUCCUGGAAGUGCCUCUAAUAUUAUUGGCACCGGACCAGGUGGAUCGAUAACCGAGUCGGACCGUCUUAAGGCCAGAGCCAAGGCUAUGAUGCAACAGAGGACGGCUGCACUAACUGGUAAGAAGGUAGAUGUCGCUGGCGACGAUGGUGACGCGCAGAAGCGAUUAGAGGAAGAGAACCUCAAGGUCAGAACCGAGAAAGAGAACAAUGAGCGCAUGGUCCGGGAUGUAGAAGAUAGUGUCCGUGAAUUUUCGCGAGGUAUCGAAGAUAGCCUCAAGGAGGGCGGUCAGAGCUCCGCCAACGAGCACGAGAAACGGAGGUGGGAAGAUGCUCUUGGAGUCGAAGAUGAGGUUCGAGAUUUUAUCUUCGAUUUGCAACGUUCAAGCCGAGCAGCUCGAAUUAGAGCACAAGACCGCAAGGGCGGACGGGCCCCGACUGCUGAAGCCGUUCAGGCAGAGGCACCACCAGCUCGAUUUGACAGUCCCGCGUCGGCGACUCGUACCGCCACGCCUCCCACCACAUCGUCCCCUGCUCCCAGUGGUGGCUCAUAUUCAUCUUAUAAGACCCCAGAAGAGAGAGCGGCGUUUAUCAAACAGCAAGCAGAACAACGUAUGGCCGAGCGACUUGCAGCCCUUGGUAUCAAGGCGCCUUCGAAGCCUGGCGAAACUGCUGCUCAGCGAAUGGAACGUGAAAGGGCUGAAAGAACUGCGAAGCUCCGUCAAGCUGAGGAAGAAGAUGCGCGACGCGAAGCCGAGCGGCAGGCUAGAAUCGCCGAGGAGCAAGGCGCGCCUCCCCCUGCACCCAAGGUAGAAGCUAAGAAACCACCUCCACCACCUUCGAGGAAAGUAGGCAGGAACGAAGAUGCUGCAAGGAAGGCUGAGGAGGAAGAGGCUAGUAGGAAAGCUGAGGAAGAACGUCUCUCUAAAGAGCACGAAGAACAACAGCGAGCCACCCAAAAAAUGGAGGACGAGGCUAGACAACAGGAAGAGGAGGUCGCUAAGGAACGCGACGCUGCUUCCGCCCGUCUAAAAGCUUUGGAAGAGCAAGUGCGCCAGGGCAAGCUAAAGAAAGAAGAGGAAAAGAAGAGAAAGAAGGCUGCUAUGGCCGAAGCCAAAGAGAAGGAGGCGAAGUUGGCCGCCCAGCGUGCCGAGAUCGAAGCCGCCCGCCAACGGGAACUCGAGCUGCAGCGACAGCUCGCAGCGAUGGAAAAGGAAGAGUCGUCCUCGGAUGAUGACGAAGGCCCACAGCAGAUCACUCCUCAAGCAUCUACUCCUACUCUCGGUAGUAGUCAGCUCGGCAGCCAGGAAUUAGAACGUAAAGCCACACCCCCUCCUGCUCCUGCUGCGCCUGUAAUUUCACCCCCUUCAGUCGUCACUAGCCCGCCGUCCGAAACGGAGAGCCGCAAUCCGUACCGCCGGAUGUUGUCGCAGUCCUCGGAGUCACCGGCAGCACCCCCCGCUGCGGCACCUGCUGCUCCGGCUCCUGCACCUCCCCCACCGCCACCACCUCAGCCAGAGGUAUCUACCAACAACCCGUUCUUCCGGAUAACCCAGGAGGCUAAAGCGCCAGCACCAUCUCGGAAGAGGCCUGACACGGAUGACGAGUGGGGUUCUGGAAGCGAAGAGGACGACGAAGACUCGGACGACGAGCGCCCUGCCGCUGGCGCUGCCCAACUAGCAUCGCUCCUCUUCGGUUCCAUGGGCCCUCCUCGACCACUAUCCGCUACAGGCGACAAGUCCGUCGGCGCUUCACCGGCUGUGGCCUCGCCGCCGUUCAGCCCUCCUCCCGUUGCGGAAGCUGCACCUCCUCCACCUCCUCCGCCAAUGCCCGAAGCGAGCCUUGGAGCUCCUCCACCGCCGCCUCCCCCUAUGCCUGAUUUCGGCGCUCCCGCAGCAGCUCCGCCUCCUCCACCCCCAAUUCCAGGCCUGGCCCCUCCACCUCCGCCUCCGCCACCGGCUGCAGGUAACAUGCCAAGCGCUCCUAGCGGUGGUAGGCCUGCCGCUCUAUUGAACGAGAUUCAGCUAGGCAAGUCAUUGAAGAAGACGCAAACGAAGGAUAGGAGCGGCGCAGGCGUGGCGGGUAGAGUCUUGGAUUAAGGCGAUAGCGAAACAAGUUUUAUUGGAAGGGAGUCUACAUGGCACCCCAACCGGGGAUGUGGUCUAUCGAGAGUCUUGGAUGGGUCAGAUUGUAUGAUUGAGUGUUGUCUUACAUGUACGGCGUGUUCCGCUAGUUUCCUGCCUUGGCUUAUAGCAAGUAGAUUUGCUAGCGGCUUACGUUAGAAACAUUGAUUUCCCCAUAUGACGAGUAAUACCAUAACUUAUACUCUUGUAUUUAAUGUAUUUCGUUAUUAGAAACGUUUAUGUUUGCUCUAGCAAUGUUAGUAUGUUGUAGUUCGUAGUACA